AUGGUACUCCUCCUAGGGAUUCUUCUUGCUGUUUUGACUGUCUUUGUGGCCGUGGCAUUCUAUUAUGAACACCCCAAGGCAGAAAUCCCACAUGGAUUUAGUCAGCGCGGAAAGCUCUACCUUCUUCAUUUCCUCAUGAACUUUGGGUUCGGUCUGGGACAAUUUCUGGAAAAGAUGGGUAUCGUCAAGGACAUCUAUGUGCUGAGGGCUCUCAUGGAUGGCAUACCGCCGUUGAAAGACAAUCGUCUUUUGAUCGAGGACUUGCGUUUUGAAAAGGUUAAAGUAAGAAUUUACCACCCAAAAAUGUCAACCAGUGGCCAAAGAAGAGGAGUCCUUUAUUUCCAUGGAGGGGUUGGACUGUUCGGAAGCAUUCAGGCCUAUGAAAGAACUUGUCGCCACUUGGCUAGGAAAAGCAAUUCAGUGCUUGUGUCUGUGGGGUACCGCUUAGCUCCUGAGCAUCCAUAUCCAGCCCAGUUUGAGGACUGUGUCACUGCCACCAUACACUUCCUGAGGACUGCACAAGAUUACGGAGUAGACCCUUCUCGCAUCAUCAUCUGUGGAGACAGCAGCGGAGGAACACUCACUGCUGCUGUUGCCCAAGCACUGGUGAACAGAAGAGACCUCCCAAAGCUGAGAGCACAAAUCCUAAUAUAUCCUUUUCUCCAGUGCAUGGACUUUGAUUUGCCUUCUUACCAGCAGAAUAAGGGAGUGCCCAUUUUACUAAAGGAACGAACCAUUACUCUUGGCCUGAGGUACGCUAACAAAGACGUCAGGCUCCUGGAAAAAAUAACUGAGUUGUCUUAUAUCCCAGAGGAUUUGAGAGUGAAGUAUAAAAAAUGGGUGAGUGCUGACCACAUCCCUGAGGAGUUUAAAGCCAGAGGCUACAAACCAAGUCCAACACUCCCAUUUGCAAAAGAAACCUUUGUGAUGCUAAGGCCUUUGCUCAACCCUGUUUUCUCACCACUGCUAGCUGAAGACAGUGUCAUCGCUCGGCUUCCUGAGGCUUUCAUCUUGACCUGCGAAUAUGAUGUGCUGAGAGAUGAUGGGCUGCUGUACAAGAAACGACUAGAGGAUCAUGGUAUAAAAGUGACCUGGUGCCACCUGCAAGAGGGGUUCCACGGAACAGUGUUCUUAGCACUCUGGGGUGGGCUGUUCGCAUUCCGAUCGGGAAAAAAAGGCCUGGAAAAGAUAGUAAAUUUUCUAAGGUUGAUGUAAAAUUCCCUUUCUUGCUUUCCCUUCUCUCACUGCUCACAAAGAUUUCUAAAAAGCACCUU